ACAAGAGCCCGUCUCUUUCGUUGAGUCGCACCACCGCCAGCCAGCAUAUACUCAAUUCUACAGUUUUUCCUCCCCCUUUUUCUCAUGCCAAUUACAGCGAUUCCCUCAAAGAGCAACCAAACAAACCAUCCAUUUCACACUCCUCUCUUCAUUUUUCUCUCAGCUUCCUCCCUCCACACACGCACACACACGCAUCUCUAAUUACACUUUAUGUUUUAUCAAAAAUUGAUUUUUUUAGUUCCUAAUUGGUGCGCUAAUUCCUGCAAUUCCCUUUCUUCAAAUCCUAACUUCUCUAUAUAUCUCUUUUAAGCUGCAUUUCAUUUGCCUUCUCAAGGAUAGCUAUCACUUUCCCCUCACUCCGUCACAUUUAUUGCGUUUCUGAAGGAAUCACUGGCAGGAUUUGAACAAUUUGAAAGCCCAAAUAUCUUCUCUCUCCCCCUCCCUCUCUCCCCCUCUCAUCACUGUUCCUGCAGUUCUGUGCCUAAAAGUACUGACUGCUGUAGACUCCUUCUGGGCUCCCUACCAUAUUCGCCAUUCCAUUUACUCCGUUUUUUUCCUCACCAAGUUUCCCAUAACAAAAGUGUCUGUUUUGUGAUCCUGAAACAACUACUCUGUUUGGCUUACUGCACUGUUCAAAGAUUUCUUCCGAAAUGAAAGCUGCUUUCAUGGAGUGGGAUUCCAAAAUGACUCUUUGGGCGUUGCCUGAAUUGGAGCAGAAUGAUGCGGAGGCUACUUUAAGUCUGGAUUGCUCCGUUGAUCUAAAACUUGGGGGUUUGGGCGCCUUAGGAUUAGCUGAGAGCUGGAAGCAGCAGCGAAGAUCUUCCACCGCGAGCUCAUCCAAGAGGCAACGGGCUCCCAGCAACAGUAAUCAGACCGUUUUGUGCCUUGUCGACGACUGUAAAUCUGAUCUCAGUAGCUGUAAAGAGUAUCACAGGAGACAUAAGGUCUGCGAGCUUCAUUCCAAGACUCCUGUAGUCAUGGUGGGAGGCCAGGAGCAGAGAUUCUGCCAGCAAUGUAGCAGAUUCCACUUGCUGAUGGAGUUUGAUGAGGUAAAGCGAAGUUGUAGAAAACGACUCGACGGACAUAACCGUCGUCGAAGAAAGCCACAGGUGGAGGCAACAAAUGCUGGGAACUUGUACUCAACCCAACAUGGAUCCAGGUUCACAUCCUACCCCCAAAAUUUUGCGAGUGCCGGAAUAGACCCAGCAUGGUCUAGCAUGGUUAAACUCGAGGAAGGCACACUCUACCCCAUGCUCCCACCGCCGAUAAACCACUUCGUCGACAGGGUUCAACAGCCUCCAUCCCAUCAUUUCGCCGCUACCUUCGAUCCAAACUACAAAGAAGACAAGCAAUUCUUCCUCCACGACCACACCAGCAGGAUGGCAAUUGAGCCAACCACCGCCUGCCAGCCACUCCUCAACACCAUCUCUUCCGCAGCAGAGAGCAGCAGCAAUGGUUUAAUGUUCUCAGAUCGAUUAUCUCAGGUCUUCGACUCCGACUGUGCUCUCUCUCUUCUGUCAUCCUCCGCGCAGACCUCAGGCAUCAACCAAAGCCAUAUGGGCCAGCCUUUGCUCUCCAACCUGCACUAUGGUGGAUACUCCCACUCUCCGAUGGAGGAAGAGCAUGUAGGAACUGUUCUGGUUCCAGAUUCCGGCGAAACUGAUCUUCACUGUCAAAGCAUGUUUCAGGUUGGGGACGAGGAGGGCUCAGAUUGUGGAUCCGAGUCUAUUCCCUUUUCAUGGCAGUAGGAGAUUAGAUAGUUGUAAUCAUUUUGGUUUCAGGUUUCAGCUUUUAGUAGUUGUGUUUUUGUUUGGCUGACUAUUCUUAGAAUGGACAGGAGUUGUUAAUGAUUGUUUCCUUUCUAUUGCUGUAACGUAACAAAUUGAUGAUCAUGUUUCAAGGCAUGGAUGUAUAAAUUGAAGU